AUGUAUGAGGAAUAUAAAAAGAAGCUAAAAAACGUUUUAAAAGAAGUAAAUUUUGUCGCCAUAACCACAGAUUCCUGGACAUCAGUAGCAACCGAGUCAUAUUUGACCAUAACCUGUCAUUAUAUAAAUGAACAUUUUGAAUUAAAAAGAAAUAUUUUAUCUCUAAAACAAAUAACAGAAAGGCAUACAACACAGCAAGUAUUUGGUGAAUGGGAAAUAAGUAAGAAAUCAACUUGUAUAGUUACUGAUAAUGCAAGUAACAUGUUCAAAGCAUGUGAUCUUUUAAAAAUAAGGCACCUCGGUUGCUAUGCACAUACACUAAAUUUAGUUGUGCAAGAAAACCUUAAAUUAGUUGCCUUGCAAAGUAUUCUAACUAGAUGUAAAUAUGUAGUAAGGCACUUUAAAAGCAGCACACAUGAUAUGAAUUUAUUUAAAAAAGAGCAGCAAAACGGAGACGUAACUAAAAAUAAACCACUACAAUUGUUACAAGAUGUGCCAACCAGGUGGAAUAGCACAUUAUAUAUGAUUCAACGUAUAAUUACAACAAACAACCCUUUGAACCGCACUUUGCUAAACUUGAGAAAUGCACCUUCCCCAUUUACAAUAGAUGAAUUUUCCCUACUAAAAGAUAUUGAAAAGUGCCUUGAGUGUUUUGAAGAAGCAACCAAACAAGUUUCAGGAAGCAAUUAUAUUACAGUAUCACUAAUAAUUCCUCUAACACUAGGAAUAUUUAAACACCUGACAGAUUGUAUUGCCAAUUUAAACACUGAAGAAGGAAAACAACUUUUCCUGAAACUAACACAAUCAGUUAGACAAAGGCUGUUUUCAUAUGAAACAAGAUCUGUGACAAGAAUUUUCGCAUUACUGGAUCCUCGUUUUAAAAAAGAAGGUUUUCGUAAUCCUGAUAAUGCAGUUCAGGCUACAAACUAUUUAGAACAGGAAAUGGGCCAGUUACUAAAAGCUUCUGAAAAAGAGCAAAACUCUGAACAGGACUCACCCAAAUCUACAUCUCCAAAGAAUAGAUUAUUAUCAUUUAUUGGUCAAAGAGUUGAGGAAAAGAGUACAAAUAUUUCCUCGGACAUAAUAAUCAUAAAAAGGCAGUACUUUGAAAGGCCAAACUGCAGGGAAGACAUUGACCCCCUCUUAUUUGGAAAGGUAACCAGAGAAAAUAUUAACCCACUGCCAGAACUAAUACAAAAAAUUUUCUGCAUUCCAGCCACUUCCAUGGAAUCAGAAAGAACUUUCAGCUCUGCAGAAGAAAUAAUUUAUGACACAAAGUCAAGACUUAAGUCAAAAAAGGUUAAAAUGUUAAUAUUUUUAAAUAAAAACCAUUGGUUAUUAUAA